AUGGUUUGGGGUGGAAUCAAGAGGAGGAUCGAGCGAAAAGACGGUCGUAGUUUGAACAAGAUGGCAAAACAGCUUCAAAUUUCGCGUUUCUCGGUUCAAUCGAUAGUGAAAAAUGAGCUCGAACUUCGAAGUUAUCGACUGUUAAACGGGCAAGUGCUCACCGAUCAAGCCAAGCAAAACCGGAAGGAGAAAUGCAAGAAAUUGCGAGCUUUUUUCAAGGUGCGGCGCAUUGACGAUGUUCUGAUGGUCAGAUGGGAAGAUUUUCACCUUGGAAGUGGC